AUGUCAAAUUAUACUAAUGUUCCUUAACAUAACUUUUUGAACAAAUAAUACUCUCGUCUAUCACCUAAUUCUACAGAAUGGGCUCGUAUUGAAUAUUUAUUGCAAUUAUCAUCUGGUUAUACAUCUGCAACAGUGAAAAAUAUUUGGACUAUUACAAAUCCACAUAUGACAUAAACUUUUGAAAAAGCAAGCAAAGUAUAUAUAUUUAUAUAAGAAAUUAGGGUUUGUUAACAUUAGAUUCUUGGUUAGAGAUUUCUUUAUUGGAUGAAAAUAAUAGGAUGGAAAAAGUUUGUACUAAAGGAUUUGAAUUUCCAUAGACUGGACUUCGUUUUCCAACUGGACAUAUUAAACUAUAGGAUAAUAUAUAACCUGGUAGAGUUUAUGAGUUAUUAUUAUUAAAGAUUGCAGGUAACUACUAAAAUAUUUAGGUAUUAGUUGGAAAAUCAUAUUGUCUUCCAGAUAAAACAUCAAUGAAAGAUAAAUAUAAGUUAAUAUAAGGAUUUGAUAGCAUAUACUUAUAUAAUGAAGAUGAAGAUUCCAUGACAGGCACAUUUAAACAUGAUUAUGUAUUAUUUGAUAAUGGAAGAGUAUUACCAUGUUAUGUUGUAUAAUUUGAAUUUGAUUAAAAAAAGGAAGACAAUUUAAAUGUAAGUUAUAUUAUUGAAAUUAGUCUCCAUUUUGUGAUAUUUGUAAUGAUAAUACAGCAACAAUAUAUUGUAAAGCAGAUGAUAUGAAUUUAUGUUAUGAUUGUGAUGAGGAACAUCAUCUAAAAGGAGGUAAAUUAGUUUCAAAACAUUAGAGAAUACCUAUAAAUGAAGUAAUAUCUUAUUUAAUUUAUUAAGAAACCAAAAACAUUUGGUAAUUGUUAAUAGCAUCCUGAUUAAAAGUUAGAGUUAUUUUGUACAAUUGAUAGAACUCCUCUUUGUUUAUAUUGUAAAAUAGGUGGAUCUCAUUCUUCAGGAGAGAGUGCAAAUCAUCCUUUGGUUAAGAUUUCAGAUGCAUAUAUGAAAUCUUUGGUUGAAUCUAAAGACAUUGAUCCAUUAAUAGAGAAACGAAAGAAUUAAUUGGCAGAAUAUCUAUAAUAAAUUGAUUAUAGUAUUAAAGAAGUUAAUAAAAAUGCUUCUAUUAUUGAAGGCAGGAUUUAUUAAGUGUUAUAAGAAGCCUUAUUAUAAUUACAGGAAGAAACAUAAAAGAAAAUGAGUUAUUUAGUUGGUGAUUAAUUAGAAUUAAAGAGAUAAUAUGAUUAAAUAUAAUGGCUAGAAUCAUUUCUUAAAUAUUAAUAAGAAGUAUUAACUCCUGCUGAUUAUCUUAAUGCUUGGUCAAGACACAUAGGACUUAGGAAUGAAAUACUCAAUAUUUCUAAUGUUCCAUAAUUAACAAUCGUGGAACCUGAUUUGAGAUUAGAAGGUAAGUUAAGUGUAGUAAGUGAUUCAGUAUAAUUUAAAGAUACUAAAGAAUAAUAAGAUGAAUAAGAUUUUAUUGAUUAGUAAAUAAAUUUAUUAAUUUUAGAAAUUCAUUAAUAGGUACAACUAGAUUUAGAUCUAAUAUUUUUGGCAAACAUUAAGUAAGUGAUAAAAAUCAGAGAUUAAUGAAAACAAUUAUUCAAUAGAAUGUUUAAAAAGAAAGUUAAGGGUAAUAAUUACAUUAUUAUGUAGACCUUAAUUAUUAUUAUUACAAUAAAAACAGAAAUUGUAACAAUAAGCAUAAGCAUCUAGGGUUUUCCAAUAAUUAUAAAAUGAUACUAUUUAAGAAAGCUAAAUUAAUGAUUCCUAAAAUAGCUCAUUUGCAUAAUGA